AUGAUCAUACGAAUUCUGAAUCGUGAAUGGAACUCAAGAUUGUCCGAUGGAACAACUGAGGAAUUCCGUACAAUGACAAAUGAAGUAACAAAAGCGAUCGACUCAGUUAUGCAACCAAAAUGGCCAUCAAUCAAGGUUGCGAAAGUCACAAAAUUCGUGAAAGGAAGCGUCAUAGCGCACGUAACGUUAACAACCACAGAAUCCAAUUCACCAUCCGCAAUGAAGGUCAAACAGCUCAUCGAAGAUCAAGCUGUUCGUGGUCCUGUUGAAUCGCUCAACAUCGAGCCAUCAACAGUGAAAGCGAUAAAAACAGAAAUUGAAGAGCCCGAAAACAUGACAGCUGACCAGCUGCGCAAUUGGAUACUGAUCGGUUUGGGUGUAUCGCUUUUCUUGUUGGCGUUCUGUUUGGUUUGUUGUAUUGUUUGUCGGUCGUGCUCUCGAAAACGUGAAACUUUCUUCAACGGUGGCUAUCCGGUUCAAUAUCCAAUGAACGGAUAUGGAUACCAGGCUACAAUGGUGCCCGCAAUCGAGAAGAAAGGUUUCGAGAAUGCCACAUUCCAAUCAGUUCAUACUAGACAUUUCUCACAGGCCACUACAGCGUCGCAAAACGGCAAAUCGUCCCCGAACACGAUCGCAACGACGCACGAGAGUCCGAAAGGUGUCGGUGAGACCACUUAUCAGGAGUGGUAUGCUAAGGUUGGUGCUGCAUGA